AGAAGCUCCAACCCCCGAUCGAGCUCCACCCCCUGACGAUCGACCGAGCACGAUGAGGACGCCGGCGGCGGCUGUCUCCCCGUUCCUCGCCCUCUCGGCGUUGCUCCUCCUCGUUGUCACCUCGGUGGCGGAGAAGGGCUACGGCGGUGGCGACGCCCCGGCAGGGGCUAACGGCUACGGCGGCCGCGACGACGCUUCGCCAGGGCCGAAGGGCGACGGCGGCUACCAGGUGCCGGCGUACCAGAAGGCCGUGGACGGCCUCGACGCCGGGUACUACCGCAAGUCGUGCCCGGACAUGGAGGGCAUCGUCCAGAAGGCCGUGAGGAAGGCCCUCCGCGACGACUACACCCUCGCCGCCAGCCUCAUCCGCCUCUUUUUCCACGACUUCGCCGUCAGGGGCACCGACGCGUCCGUUCUGAUCGACGUGCCCCACCAGAGCGAGAGGUACGCGUACGCGAGCAGGACGCUGCGCGGCUUCGACCUGAUCGAGGAGAUCAAGAAGGAGCUUGAGGCCAAGUGCCACGCGACCGUCUCGUGCGCCGACAUCCUCACGGCCGCCGCCCGCGACGCCGCCACCGCGGUCGGGGUCCCCUACUGGUCGCUCAAGUACGGGCGCAAGGACGGCAAGGACUCCAUCGCCGACGAGGCCGACCGCCUCGUGCCCAUGGGCGGCCAGAGCGUCACCGACCUCAUCAGGUUCUUCGAGUCCAACGGCCUCACCAUCAAGGACCUCGUCGUCCUCUCCGGGGCCCACACGAUCGGGCGCGCGACGUGCGGCGCGGUGAGGCCGGGGCUGUGCAAGCGCGCCGGCACGCUGGAGCGCCAGUACGGCGACUUCCUGCGGCGCAAGUGCGGCGCCGGCGGCGACGGCGAGUACAUGGAGCUCGACGGCGAGACGCCCACGAAGUUCGACAACCAGUACUACAAGAACCUGAUGCGCAGGAGGGCCGUGCUGGACACGGACCAGAAGAUGCUCCCGGACUCCCGGACAGGGGGCUACGUCAGGGCGUUCGCCAGCCAGCCGUCCCAGAUGUUCGUCCACGAGUUCGCCCAGUCCAUGCGCAGGCUCGGCGAGGCGCAGGUGCUCACCGGCAACGAGGGCGAGGUCCGCCGCAAGUGCUCCGCCGUCAACUACUGAUCGACCCGUGGCCCGUGGGGGAUGAGGAGAUUAGGGGAUCGGACGUGUUGGAAUUUCUUGGCCCUCCGGUUUCCGUUUUGGUUUCUUGUUUUUUUUUCCGUUCCAGUUUCUUCUGGUUUAUCCUUUUGAUCUGCUGUUAUUUCUGUAAGCUCCUACUCGUAUAUAUUGUAUAACACAUUACUGCUCA